UAAACGUGACACCACCACUUCACUACUAUAUAUCCUCAUUAUAUAUUUUCAUAAAAAAAAAAUAUAAGUCUUGAAGGUUUGAACUAGCCAAAAUAUGGGUUCGUUAAUGGCAGGUUGGGAUUCUCACAUCCAUGAUCCAAAAUCUAUAAAACUAAAUAGGAACAAAUCGAUGACAAAGGAAGGGAUUGAAACAUAUUGGAGAUCAAAAAGGAAUAUUGUCCAACAAGUAGAUGUUGCUGAUGAUGAUGUUCUUAAACCUUGUCACACCUUUUCGGAGGGAGAUCAGAAAAACGAAACUAAAAAGAUGUAUAAUAGAUCGAAUUCCCUUCCGAUUAAGAACAAAAGUUCGAGUAUAAUAGAAGCAUCAGAAGAGGGUGAUCAUGAAGAAGACCAGGAGGCACUUUUUAAGAAGCGUGGCUGGUGGAUAAAUAGUAGAUGGGCGUUUUUGAAUGAACCACCGGUGCUUGCAUCUGAAACACCAUUCCGAUAUGCUUCACAAUUCCAUGUUGCUCGUAAACAUAUUGACAACUCCAACAAUCACAUUGCGACUCGUGAAAUUAGAACUAAUUAGUGAUCGUGUUGUGCUCUGCAGUUCUUGUGCUUUUUACGUUUUGUAUAUAACGGUGAAACGCGUCCCAUACAUGGUCUUAAGCUUUUUGUGUCAUUUUGGUUACUAGUUGAUAUAAUGUUACGAUGGUUUUUCAGACUAAUGAACCGCCUUCAUUUUUUCCA